AUGUCGAUCCAAGACCAUCCCACAUCCCCGACCAGUGGAUCCCCACCCGAGCUCCCCGGUGCAGCCGUUGUGGGGAACGCUAGCGGACCCGGGAUCCUGGAUUCAAUUCUGUCGCUAGAUGUUAGUUUGAAACGGUUGCAAGAGGACAAUUGUGAAUUUGGAAUGAUCAUGACGCACUACAUACGUGGCCAGUUCAAGCCCAACUAUGCAUAUUGUUGCGACGAGCUGGCUGUUACAAGGCAGAAGUCAAAAGCUGCUAGCUGA